CAACGGUGGUCCCUCUGGUCUUCAUUCUCACGACGACGGUGUCUCCGAGUCUGGAUCCGAGGACGAACAGGGUUCGGACGCAGAGAGCGGUGCCUCGGGAUCGGAGGACGAGGAAGGAGAGGAUGAGGAGGACGAGGGGAACGGCAUAGGGAAGGGCAUGGACCCCAGCGGCUUUGCGGGGCCAUCCAGCAAGAUUGUCAAACCCCUUACACACGAAGCUCUCGCGGCGUUCAAGGCUGCGCAAGACAAGGCGGGCGUCGUUUACAUAUCCCGCAUACCACCGGGGAUGCGACCUGCGAAGGUGCGCCAUCUCAUGAGUGCGUUUGGUGAAAUCGGUCGGGUGUAUUUGCAGCAAGAAGAUGCGAAGCGGGCGUACCUCCGCCGCAAGUACACCGCGACGAAGAAGGCUCACUACACUGAAGGAUGGGUAGAGUUCAAGGACAAGCGUGUCGGACGGUCGGUCGCAGAGAUGCUGAACGCGCAACCGAUUGGAGGCAAGAAGGGGACAAGAUGGCGGGAUGACGUCUGGACGAUGAAAUAUUUGCCGAAGUUCAAGUGGAAUAUGCUGACCGAACAAAUUGCACACGAAGCCGCCGUGCACCAGGCACAGCUGCGCGCCGAGCUCUCUCAAUCACGGAAGGAGCAACGUGAAUAUCUCAAGAACGUCGAGCUUGCGCGCGUUUUGGAUAAGCGUGCAGGACGGAAACGGAAGGCCGCUGACGGGGGAGAGGAGGCGCAGGCAGGGACAUCUACGGAGCGAAGGCCGCAGAAGGUGUCGAAGCAGGAGAGUGGAUCUCAGAGCGCGCCUGCGAAAGAGAAGCUGAAAAAGCCCAAGCCCGUCGAACCGCGACCAGACGCGGAGGCGCAGUUGAAGUCGGUGUUGGGUAGUAUAUUCUAGCCUUGUAUAGCUAGGAAUAUGGCAUGUUUGCGAU